AUGUCCGUUGUGUUUGAGGUCGUUUACGAGACAGUAAGUAAGAAAGAGUCGUUACGGUCCUUGUUUUCUUUUGGACCGUGUAGCAGAACCCGGGAGUCGGUGCGCUCCGUGACAUGGGAUGGUGUGGAACUUGGCAGAAAAGAGCUGACUCUUGUGUCUUCUCUGCCAAAAAAUAAAAGGGAUACUCUCCUGCGCCAUAUCUCGUCUCAUGCGAAGCCGCCGGUACCACGCACUCCCUCUUCGAAGAGACCGACACAUGAGGAACGAUCCGGGUCGAGACACGAGCCCAUCUCUCUCGACGAUACCAGCCAGACCCAGACCAGCGCCGAUACGACAUCAAUACCCGCAACCCAGCAAAGCGACACCGCCCACGAUGACCUCCUCAGCCCCUCAACCCUGCUCGCCUUUCCAGCGCAGAGGCAGACGAAUCUCGCUGCAUUCGCCGCCUCGAGUUCCGAAGACAUCGACGUGCCCCCCGAACUCUAUGGCAACGAACCCCCCGUGCUUGGGACAACACCAGACCUUCCUCCCCGAGAGCAAGGCCGCAUCUUUGAGCUCGACCACCUCGACCCCUCGGAAGUCACGCGAUUUUUCGGCGGCGCCGACGACGAAUCCAGCCCUUUCACCGUGCACACCAGCGCGUCCUCGCCGAUCCUUUCCCGGCACCAGCACCCGUACAAGCGCCCGUCUCCAGGGACGACAGAGUCACAGCAGCAAGAAGAACCCUUUGAGCUGCCCUCGGAGCUUUUCCACGGCACCGUCGACGUCCCCGCCAGGACGUGGCUGCGGGAGUUUUGUGCGGGGGAUUGA